AUGGAUCUCCGCAAAAGCAGAGCAAGAACAACCACCGUUACUCUCUCAUGUCUUCUCUUAGUCUCUUCAUUAUACACAAUCUCCACGGCAAAGUCAGUCACAGAUUCGCUGUCUUACCAACUCUUUCUCUUUGCCGGUUUCUUUCUAGUAGCAGCUUUGUCGCUUCUGAUACUUGUCACAGCGGCGCGAGCCACCAUGGUCGCUUGGAUAACAGUGCUCGUUCUGCUCGCCUUCUCUGGUACACAUCGCCGUGUUCUAGUGAAGAGGGGGAAGACGAUCACGAUGGACGUGGCUAUGUCCUUAGUCAGGUCCUAG